CAGUGCUCCUUUCUGACCCCAGACACAGCUGUGAUCAGCCCCCAGGACCCCACGCUCCUCAUUGGCUCCUCCCUGCAGGCCACGUGCUCAGUGCACGGGGACCAGCCUGGGGCCACUGCCGAGGGCCUCUACUGGACCCUCAACGGGCGCCGGCUACCCCCUGAGUUCUCCCGUGUGCUCAACGCCUCCACCCUGGCCCUUGCCCUGGCCAACCUCAACGGAUCCAGGCAGCAGUCAGGGGACAACCUCGUGUGCCAUGCCCGCGACGGCAGCAUCCUGGCUGGCUCCUGCCUCUAUGUUGGCCUGCCCCCAGAGAAACCCUUCAACAUCAGCUGCUGGUCCAAGAACAUGAAGGACCUGACCUGCCGCUGGACGCCGGGAGCCCAUGGGGAGACUUUCCUUCAUACCAACUACUCCCUCAAGUACAAGCUGAGGUGGUACGGGCAGGACAACACGUGUGAGGAGUACCACACAGUGGGACCUCACUCCUGCCACAUCCCCAAGGACCUGGCUCUUUUUACGCCCUAUGAGAUCUGGGUUGAAGCCACCAACCGACUGGGAUCAGCCCGCUCCGAUGUGCUCACACUGGACAUCCUAGAUGUGGUGACCACUGAUCCCCCACCGGAUGUGCACGUGAGCCGAGUUGGGGGCCUGGAGGACCAGCUGAGUGUGCGCUGGGUUUCACCACCCGCUCUCAAAGACUUCCUCUUCCAAGCCAAGUACCAGAUCCGCUACCGUGUGGAGGACAGCGUGGAUUGGAAGGUGGUGGACGACGUGAGCAACCAGACCUCAUGCCGCCUGGCUGGCCUGAAGCCAGGCACCGUGUACUUCGUGCAAGUGCGCUGCAACCCCUUUGGCAUCUACGGCUCCAAAAAGGCUGGGAUCUGGAGUGAAUGGAGCCACCCCACCGCUGCCUCAACACCCCGAAGUGGUGAGCACCCGGGCCCGGGCGGCGGGGCGUGCGAGCCGCGGGGCGGAGAGCCGAGCUCGGGGCCGGUGCGGCGCGAGCUCAAGCAGUUCCUGGGCUGGCUCAAGAAACACGCGUACUGCUCGAACCUUAGCUUCCGCCUCUACGACCAGUGGCGAGCCUGGAUGCAGAAGUCACACAAGACCCGAAACCAGGACGAGGGGAUCCUGCCCUCGGGCAGACGGGGCACGGCGAGAGGACACCUCAUGAUGGAUAUUCUUACUUCUCUGAUGAAGAAACCAAGGCCCAGAGAAGGGCAGUGCCCUACCCAAGGUCAUCCAGUUGAAAGUGGUUCUGCCAGAUAAACUCUAGGGGAUAGAGCUGACCUCCUUGCAGCCUGGAGAACUGGAGGCCACACCCAGUUGAGAGCCACCUCUGUACCCUUGCCUCAGGGAGUGCAUUCAGAGCUUCAAGGGCCACACAGCUCAGAUCUCCAUGUGUGCCCCAGUGGGUGUGUUGGGGAUGGUAGUAGCUGAGCUGCCCGGAACCCCUGCCUGGGUUGUGGUAAAGAGAGGUCAUUACUUCCCCCACCCUGGACACCUCCAGAGUCUUUUUAAAUAAACAAGCUAUUUAGGUGC